CCAAAUUGGCUCAUCACACCUCAUAAAUGGGCCCAGCCCAGCCCAAUUGGGGCCCACUAACCACACCACCUUCAACUACCGCCGCCACUACCACUACCACUACCACCACCUCCUUCCUCAUCCACUUCCAAUACAACUCUCUCUUAUAUAAAAGCUUUCGUUUUUUGUUUUUUGUGGAAAUUCCAAAUCUGAAAUCGCUUCUUCCAUUAAUGGCAAUGGCAACUACUCCACCACCGCCACCACCUGCGGCCGCGGCCUCCGUCUCCGGCAAGAAGCCCCAGCCCAUUCCCUGGACGCACCAAGAGACGGUUCACCUGAUCCAGGCCUACGAGGAGAAAUGGUACUCGCUCAAGCGAGGACCUCUAAAGUCCAGUCAAUGGGAGGAAGUUGCGGUCACCGUCGCCGCCAGAUGCGGCUAUGAAUACACCGAACCUUCCAAGACUGCUAUACAGUGCCGCCAUAAGAUGGAGAAGCUCCGCCAGCGUUACCGGGCUGAAAAGAACCGAUUGAUCCUCUCCGGAGUCUCCGUCUGGCCGUAUUUUGAUCUUAUGAACCGGUUGGAACGUGGUCCGUUGCCUAUCUCAGCUCGGCCGAUGAUCGCGCUUCCGUACCACCGUGAUCGAGAUCGAGAAGACGGUGAAGACGACGAAGACGAAGAGGAAGAGAACGAUUCCGGAGAUGAAGGUGAAGAUGGCGAUGUAAUUCGUACCAAGUCUAGGAGCAUCGAUCACAUUCUGAAGCGACCGACGACGGUGAAUAGGUUCGCUGGGGAAGAGGAAAGAGGAAGAAACGUCAAUGGUUUUUCUAGGGUUUGGGCUGAACCAGUAACGAAGAGGCCAAGGGAGACGGUGGUAGAGGAAGAAGAAUACGGAGAAGACGAUCUUGAUGGCGAUGAAGAGAGUAAUGCGAAGGUUGAGUUUUUGGAGCGGCGGCGACGGAGGGAGAGGAAGAGAGAGGUGGUUCUGAAACUGGCGGCGGAGAUAAGGGCAUUUUCGGAAAGAUUUGUUGGGAUGGAGAGUAUGAAAAUGGAGAUAAUGAAAGAUACAGAGCGGUGUAGAAGAGAAAUGGAGACUAAGCGAAUCGAAAUGAUUCUCCAUUCACAGAACAAAAUUGUUGAUUCCAUUACCAAGGCUUUUCGAUUUUGAAGGUUCGUUAUUAUUAUUAUUAUUAUUAUUUAUUUUUUUCUAAAAGAAAAUUAAUAAUAAUAAUAAUCAAUUUUUAAUCGAUUUUUAAUUUCGAGAAGGAAUAAAAGGUUGAAUUGAAAUGAAAUGAAUUUUUUACACGAAUUGAUGGAUUAGAUCUUAUUUUCUAUGUGUUUUUCUAACACUUUGGUAGAUUGGAAUAUAGACCAAAUGCUCUUAUAGUUGUAGAAACUUAAAUUUUAGAGCCAAAUUAAUUUCUGCAAGUUUGAUUUUUUUUUUCUUUUCUUUUUUGGUACUUCUGUUAACUUUUGUAAAUUUCAUUUCGUUUUGAUGAAAGUGAAAGGAAUACUAACUAGAGUAAGAUUUAGGAAAGAAGUGAUUUUCAGAUAUUUUUCCAGUUUUCAAAUGAUUUUUUUUUUUUUGAUAAUAAAACUAUUUUAUAAUCAUAGAAUUAUGAGAAAAUUUGGGAUUAUGUAUUAUGUAGUAGAGACUUCGGUAAUCUGUAGUUUGAGAGUUGGUUGUAUGCUUUGAUUUGAUUAUUUAGAUAUUAGAACUUGUAAGGAAACCAAGAAUUUCCUAAUGACAUAAUUAGCUUAUUUUUA